AUGGUCGCGGCCAUCACCCACCCCCAAUAUACACAAACACGUGCACACAGGGAGCUUGAUGAUCUCGGCUACGGCGGCACCCCGGCCAAAGAGUUGCUCUACAUUUUCUGCUGGAAGAAGCCCUCGUCUCUUAGCUCCACCACCGCUCUCAACCCACAAGAGCUCCGCUCCGACUCCCCUUCCGCCGAGGACUGGUGGCCUAAGACCGAGCUUGCUGGCUCGCCCAGGUUUCUAUUCACGAUUAAAGAGGAAAUGAAGGAGGAUUUGGAGUCCGAAGACGACAAGUCUAGAAAAUGGUCGAGAAGCCGAAGCUUGAGCGAUAGGAUUAACGUCUCAGUGGAGACUCCGUUUCUCACCCCCAUUGCUUCACCGCCUUAUUUCAUGCCGUCGCGCAGCCCCAUAGCCUUCUCCGGCAAUGGGUUCAAUCCUCUCUCUGAAUAG